AUGUCGGGAAAAGCGAUCAGCGAAAGUUUCGACACUUACACGAAGAUGUACCCACAAGUGCAGGCAGCGAUAAACUUUGCUAUGAAGGAGUUGAUAGCUAAGAGACCGGCCGAUCCUUUCUCUUUCCUAUCAGAGAAGCUAAGGGAGGCGAACAUUUUCAUCAAGGUCGAGGCGAUCCACAUGAGGAAUUGUGCCAUGAAGAUUCAAGCAAGGGCCCGGGGCAUGAGGGAUCGGCAGAAGGUGGCGCGGCAGAAGGAGACCAAGGCGAAGGAAGCAGCAGCUCUCAAGAUUCAGAGCCGUCAGCGGGGGAUCAAGGCCAGGGAAAUGGGUUGCAGAAGCAAGCACAGGAGGAGCAACAUGCUCGUCUGGUUGUACGGGCUCUUCGAGAGGAUACGAAACAAGCAGGGUGUGGAGAGUCAAGUCCUGAUGAAGUAUUUGCAAUGUGACCCUGACACCGUCCAGUCCCUCGACCUUCCCAGAAAAUACUACACGUACCCUAGCUUCUUCCAACAAAAUGCCACCGCAGCCAUUCCUGUCCUCGCAGAGACUCCAUCCAAGACUCUUGACUGGAGUGACUUCUCUGCCCUCUUCGGUCUGAGCCCAGAAGAAGCAGAGGAGACGCGCAAGCAGCAUGCGGCUGUGCAGAUCCAGGCAACUUCGAGCAUCUCAGAGCUGCGGGAAACUGACGGGGAGGGGCGGUGCAGGCGAUUCAGCGAGGACGAAGGACGAGAGAAACGAUGA